AAGAACAUUGAGGUGGCGAUUCAAGGGCCAGACGGUCCGUUUUCUUCUGGCAUAUUCCACCUGAAGCUUGUACUGCCUCAAGAUUACCCUUUUGAGGCCCCAAAGGUUGUUUUCACUACCAGGGUAUUUCACCCUAAUGUUGGGCCACGGGGAAAGGAAGCCAUCUAUUCCCUUGAAACAUGUCUGUGUCAUGGUUCAACGUCUGCUUGCUGAACCAAACCCAGAAAGCCCAUUAAACACCGACGCAGCAAGAAUGCUGUCAAAUGACCCCGAGAUGUAUGACCGUACCGUCUUAAUGUGGGUCAAAACUCAUGCCCAGGGUGUUUACUCGUAUCCACCAUUUGACCAGAAACUUGAGGACCUGUCAAUGAAGUGUGGUGAUAUUGAACAGGCCCUUCAGCUAUUGACAAACACCUACUGGGUGUAUGAUGAUGCCGAACAUGCGAAAGGGAAAGAGCAAUUAGGGGACCGCUCAUGUGCCAUCAUGAAGGGGAAAUUGUCGUUUUGCUGCAUGAUUCUCCAGACCACAAAUUUAAGUCAUUUUAGAAAACAUGAUGAACUUCUUCAAACAAUUGAUACAUUAAUCUAA